CAGGAUGUUAAAUGCUGCCAAAGCUCUUUCCGAAUCCGUUUGACAUACACUAAUGCAAAGGCAUCAAAAAUGGUUCAGAGUUCUGUGGAGAAAAACGAGGGCUGCAAAAGAAGGAAAACAGGUACUGAGAACAGCUUGGACACUGUCAAACAUGAGUCAGUGGUUGAUGGUGUUGAAAGUUCUGUUUGUGCUACUAUUGAAGCAAAUGCAGCCUCUGAAAGAUCCUCUAAUGGCUUGCAAGAUGGUGAAUCUUCUAACACCUAUGAUUUCCUGCCAGAAAAGGUCAAUGAACCUUGCUGCCUGGAGUGUCUUUGCAGCAGGACUCCUAUCUUCUUUGGUGGAAGAUACCUGAAGUACUCAAGAAAUGUGAGUCAAACACGCUGGAUCAUUGAUGAGGAAAGAAUGGGAGAAGCAUCUAUUGAGGAGAUAAUAGGUGGUAGCAUUCUUCCUAUGUGUCAGGGUGACAAUUACAAGUUCCAUGCAGCUGGUAGAGAAGAUAUAGAUGUUCGAAUGUUAGGUUCAGGUAGGCCUUUCCUGGUUGAGGUACAAAAUGCACGCCAAGUCCCAUCUGAGUUGUUUGUGAAAGAAAUUGAAGCAAAGAUAAAUAACUUGGAAAAUAAAUUAGUUAAGGUGAAAAAUCUUAAAGCAGUAGGUAGUCAGGGUUGGGACCUGAUGCGUGAAGGAGAAGCAGAGAAGCAGAAGCAAUAUGCUGCAUUAGUUUGGAUAUCUCGCCCUCUUCAGGAUGAAGACUUGCAGACUUUAUCUUCUCUCAAGGAAAUGCAAAUUUUGCAGAGGACCCCGAUAAGAGUGCUACACCGUCGCAGUCCAUUAGAACGUGAAAAGAUUAUACAUUGGAUGAAAAUCAAGAAGAUUGCUGGAAGCUCUCAGUAUUUUCUUUUGCAUCUGUGUACUCAGGCUGGAACAUAUAUUAAGGAAUUUGUUCACGGGGAUCUUGGGCGCACCACUCCAAGCGUUGGAUCAAUUCUGGGAUGCAGAGCAGAGAUACUGCAACUCGAUGUUACUGAAGUGAAAAUGGAUUGUUUCCUGACUGAAUGAGGUGAACAUGGGCUCCAAAAUCAGUUUCGCACAGCCUUUGCAUUUAACGCCUUGAAAUGGAAAAAGGUUCUUAUCUAUUUCUUGAAGCAAUUUAUAUAAAGUAAAACAUUUCUAUAGUAAUAAUGGUAGGGCUAACUAAUUUUAUUAUUAUAAGGAAGUUAUAACUUAA